UCUACUUGUGGGACACGAACAGGCGAUGAGAAAUCCGCUAAUCCCAACAUCAUGGUGGCUAAUGCGCCGAGCCUGGUUUCCAUAACAACGAGUCGAUCCAUACAUCCGCAGAUCUGACAACGCGUGAUUCUCAAGCGCGUGCCUGAGGCAUCGCUGACGUCACUGACGCUCCGGUGCCCGAAGAAGCGGCUGGCCCGCAAUAACAAAUUGGAUGAAGACAGAACUAUUACUCCCAUCCAUUGGAAUCAGUUCAAGAUGGCGUCCGAGGUGGAAUACGAGUCGAUUUUGUGCGUGAAACCAGAUGUAAAUGUUUAUCGCAUCCCGCCGCGGGCGUCGAAUCGCGGAUACAGGGCGGCUGACUGGAAGCUGGACACUCCUGACUGGACAGGCCGUUUGCGCAUUACAGCAAAGGGGAAGGUGGCUUAUAUAAAAUUGGAGGACAAAGUCUCAGGUGAGCUAUUUGCUCAAGCGCCGAUAAAUGAAUAUCCUGGCAUUGCUGUGGAGACCGUCAGCGAUUCCAGUCGCUAUUUUGUUCUCCGAAUACAGGAUGACAAUGGUCGGAGUGCAUUCAUUGGUGUUGGGUUUGGAGACCGAGGUGAUGCCUUUGAUUUCAAUGUCUCCCUGCAGGAUCAUUUCAAGUGGGUAAAACAGGAGAAUGAAAUCAAAAGUUCUCAGGGUGUAGACUCAGGACCCAAACUGGACCUAGGCUUCAAAGAGGGACAGACCAUCACGCUGAAUAUUGGGCAAGGUAAAAAGAGGGACAAGCCCCGCCCUCAGAGCUCAGGAGGCUUGGGGCUCCUCCCUCCACCUCCAGGAGGAAAGAUAGCCCCUCCUCCUUCGUCCAAUCACAACACAGUACAGCCAUCAGGAGGAGCGCAAACAGGAUGUUUAUUAGAACUGGACAGCAGUAACUCUAAUACAGUGGUUCAGUCAAACCCCAGCUCUGACCUGUGGGGUGACUUCUCUAGCUCUGCAAGCUCUGUCCCUCCUUCAGCACAAUGCCAAGAACCCUCGUCUGGGAACUGGGUGCAGUUCUGAAAAAGUUUUAUCCUCCUUCAUUCCAUUAUUGUUCCUAUUCCUCCAUCAAAACUAUUGCAAUUAAUAAGAUAAUGCAUAAUUGUAGCGGCAAGCUGUAUGUCAUGCGGCUAAUCUUAGCAGAACACAGAGGCGAGAAAUAGGCUAUUAGGAAUUCUGUUAGGAUCAACCAAAUGAAAUUAUGAAAAAGAUUGUAUAAAAGAGAGGAACAUCCCAUGGGGGUUAUAUUUAAAACUUUAUGGUAAUGUUUUGAAGAUUGUUCCAGUAUCUUUACAUUUGUCCACAAGGUGUUGGAUGUGUCCAUUUUGUUGUCAUGACCUGUAUAUGUUUGUCUUUGGAGGUUUUGGAGGAGUGAAUAUAGGUGUUUGAGUGUUUUAAAAAAAGGCAGAGAUUUUGUUUGAAAGUGUAGAAUUUAAGUGAGGUCUGGUGGAUAUGUUAAGAGCUUAACAUCUUGUAUGUCAUAAGAAUAUAUAAAACCUGAAGGCCACAGUGUUGAAGAAUUAUGUCCCUCAAAUAAAGGGAUUAUGUCAAGAUAUUCAUUACAUAUCCAUAUUGUCAUUUACUUAACUUACAUAGUAAUUUAUGUGUUAAACAAAAAUAAAAUGUACAAAAGAAUUACAGCACACAUUGCUUCAAAUGUGAUUAUUUUAAAUCAUAUUAAAUCUGUGGAAUAUGAUUCUUAAAAAAUUGCAUUUGCCCUUGCAGUCUAUAAAAUAUAUUUAAGUGCUACAAUACUUUAUACUUAACUCAUUGAAACAAAUGCAAUCACAUUGCUGUUAUGGAGAACCAUAGUUUGCAUUAGGAUUUGCUAUAUAAAAUGUAUGAUUUCCAUUUUGGGAUAUCUAACCUCUUGAUGCCAAAGUACUGUACAACAGUUUAUUUUUCUACUUUGUUGCCCUUAUAAAAUGUUAAAAGUUAUUACUAUGUUAAUAGUGUUCCACCAAAACACCACACUUACUACAGUGUCACCCUGUCAUGAAAUAAAUAUUCUACUCUUUAUUCUA